GGUGGAGAAAGGGGGUGGGGCUCAGUGCGGUGUGAACUGUAAACCGUGUUAGCUAGCUUCUCAGAGCUCUGUCUGUUUGUCUGUGAAGAAUGCUGAGCCAGUUGCAGAGGAGAGUGGUGGUGACUGGGAUGGGCAUAGCCUGCCCUCUGGGGUAUGGAGUGAGGCAUGUUUGGGAGAAGCUACUUGCUGGAGAGUCUGGAAUCACUAAUCUACCCCAAACAGAUGAAUACAAGAAUAUCCCUUGCAAAGUGGCUGGUAUGGUGCCAAUGGGUACUGAAAAAGGCCAACUGAAUAUCGAAGAAUUUGUGAGCCCCACUGAAGCACGAACCAUGUCGAAUGAAACAGCUUAUUCCAUUGCCGUUACUGGACAAGCAUUGAAAGAUGCUAACUGGUGGCCUCACUUGCAAACUGAGGAAGAUCGUUUCCAAACGGGUGUCAACAUAGCCAACAUAGGCUGUGACAGCUUUGUUAAUAUGGUAUUGAACAAUUACAAGCAUGUGAAAACAGGAGAUAUACGAAAGAUCACUCCAUACUUUAUGCCCGUGUUACUACCCAACCUAGCUGCUGGCAAUGUGAGUAUCUACUUCAAACUUCAAGGCCCUAACCUCUGUGUGGGCUCUGCCUGUGCAGCAGCUUCCCAUUCAAUCGGGGACUCGGCAAGUCUGGUAUCAAGAGGUGUUGUCGACGUGAUGGUAGCCGGCGGUGUUGAACUACUGCUCAACCCUCUGCUCAUUGCAGGGUUCUGUCGAGUCAAAGCUCUGUGCACUAAGUUCAACAAUGAACCAGAAAAAGCAUCACGUCCAUUCGAUUCAAAGAGAUCUGGAUUCGUGCCGAGUAAUGGAGCGGCUGUGCUCGUUUUGGAGGAGUUGGAACAUGCAAAGGAGAGAGGAAUAAACAUUUAUGCUGAGAUAUUAGGCUAUGGUAUGUCAGGAGACGCCCACCACAUUACAUCACCUCCUAAAGACGGGAAUGGUGCCCAGAGAGCAAUGAAGGCAGCCAUGAAAGAUGCCGGCAUUCAACCAGAGGAUGUCACACACAUCAAUGCCCAUGCUACCUCAACACGUGUUGGAGAUAGAAUUGAAAACGAAGCAAUCAAACAAGUAUUCAAAGAUCAUGCACAGAAUCUCAUUGUUUAUUCAGCCAAAGGAGCUAUAGGCCAUACCCAGGGAGCUGCCGGUGCAGUGGAGUCUGUGAUCACUGCCAUGUCCAUCAGCAAAGGUGUUGUUCCACCUAACUUGAAUCUGGAGGAAAAGGAGGCUGAGUUUGACCUCAACUAUCCUGCAGGAGGACCCUCACAGUGGAUAGUAGGAGAAGGAAAGAGAAGAAUUGCACUCAACAAUUCAUAUGGUUUAGGUGGAACUAAUAGUGUCUUGUGUAUUGGAGAGUUUGUGUCAUAGCAAAUUAUGUGUUAUUGUGUUUGUACACUGCCUGUAAUCAUUGUAUAAUCACAUUCUUUGAUUAACAUUGAUAUAAUUUAUAUUGAA